ACCUGAAGUUCUGAGUUUAUUCAGUUUCUGUGGAUUGCUCAUUUUUACGUACGAAAGACUGAUGAACGAUUUAAAAUUAUUAGAGGCGUUCUCCAAGAACACAAAAUACAAAGACGCCAAAAAUUAAACAACAAUCAUGUGACAGUUUCAGUUUUUAAAUCAUUUGUCUGCUCUUGUUUACGCUUUUCAUGAUGUGAGUUUCACAUCAAAUUCGACGUUUUCCUUUGCAAUUUCUUUAUUUUAAUUUGGUUUGAAACCAGACUUUUUUAUCUUAAUACAUGUUUUAUUUCCAUUCUUUUCAUGGUAGUGUAGUUAGAAAAAAUUUAUUCGCUAAAUCAUACAGUUGGUUUUGUAAAUUAAUUAAUUCUUUUCGAUUAACACAAGUUUAAAUGGAUCCAUUGGGUGUAUCAUCUGCUAUCACAGAUGUUUCAUCUAUCAAGCCUUGGAGUGAAAUCAAUCCCAGGGAUUUACCCGACUCUAGUAAUUUUGGGAAUCAAGAAAAAGUACACACUGAAAGUCCAUUUCCUUUUAAUUCAGAAAUAAAUAGUAAAGUAGCUCUUUGGGUUGGUGACAUUUGUUCUUUACGAACUCAAGUGGUUGUUCAUUCUACGAAUGAAUCUUUGACUGACCGCAGUCCAUUGAAUGACAGGCUGUUAAGGAAAGCAGGGCCUCAAUUAAAAGAAGAUUUGGCUCUGAAUAUAAAAGCUUGUCGCACUGGAGAAGCAAAAAUAACUAAGGGCUAUAAUUUGCCAGCAAGGUUUGUAAUACAUACUGUUGGGCCAAAGUUUAAUGUGAAGUACCAAACAGCUGCAGAAAGUGCUCUUUUUUCUUGUUAUUUCAAAGUUUUGACACUUGCAAAGGAGCAUAAUCUGAGGUCUGUUGGUCUUUGUACCAUAAAUUCCAUACGAAGAAAUUAUCCUCCUCAAGAUGGUGCACAUAUAGCUCUUCGAACAGUGAGAAGAUUUCUUGAAAAAUAUGGUUCCUCUUUUGAUUUAAUUGUUUUCGCUGUUGAAGAUGUUGAUGUUGGUAUUUAUGAACUAUUAAUGCCUUUAUAUUACCCACGAUCUAAAGAGGAAGAAGAAUAUGCUUUAUAUUAUCUCCCUAGUGAUGUUGGUGGAGAAAAUGGGGAAGCUUAUAUCCCUGAAAGACAAAUGAGAAUAGUUGAUAGACCUUUCAAACCAAAUGAUGAAGUUGAAGAAAGUGUUGAUUUAGCAGCAGAGUUGCAAUCCUCUGUGUGUAUUGGCAAAACAGCCUUUGCAAAAAUGCAUGGUGAUUUGGAUAGGCAUCGCUCAGUAACUAAUAAGAAUUCUGCUGAUUCAUGGACAUCUGAAGUCCAAAGAAAAACUAAGUAUGGAUAUGAGAGAUUACUGCGUAAAGCUAGAAAUGAAGAUCUUCGGUCAAUAGCAAAUUUAGGUUGUUUAUAUCACAGUGGAGAAGACAGAUUUGGUAGACCAGUCGUUGUAUUUAUUGGUAACAGAUUUAAAGUUAAUCAAGUUGAUUUGAAUAAAGCUGUCAUGUAUUUAGUUCUAACUUUGGACUCCUUAGUGCAGAAAGACUAUGUUGUUGUUUAUUUUCACACACUUACAUCUAAUGAAAACAAUCCUUCAUUGACAUUCCUUAAAGAUGUAUAUAGUGUUCUUGAAUACAAGUAUAAAAAGAAUUUGAGAAGAUUUUACAUAAUUCACCCAACAUUUUGGAGUAGAUUGAUGUGCUGGUGGUUUACAACAUUUACGGCUUCAUCAAUUAAAGACAAAGUUCAAUUAUUAGGGGGAAUUGAAUAUCUUUAUUAUCUUAUUCCACCUGAUCAACUAGACAUUCCAUCUUUCAUACUUGAUUAUGACUACAAAGUGAAUGGGGUUAGGUAUUGUCAACCUUCUCAAUCCCCAACAGCCUGAAAACAAUGUGCCAGUUAUUUUUAAUUCUGUGAGAUUAAAUAUAUAUAUAUUUGUAUAACCAUUAUUUUUCUUAAAUUGAAAUUGUUACCAAACUAUUUUUAUAGAAUUAGUAUGUAAAUAAAUUGUUGAAAUAUAUUUAUUACUAACUUAUGGUUUUCAGCAUAAUAUUUGACAUUUUAUACUUUUUCAUUAACAAACUAAUUCAAUUACUCUGAAGAAAUUUUAUCAGAUGGCCAGUAAUUAACCUUUUACUGUGCAGUGUAGCCAGUCUGGCAACACAUCUAAUUCAACAAAUAUUACAAAUCACUAGAAAUGUGACUUUCUUUCCCCAAAGCUUUUUGGCCCGUAACUUUUUAUUCUGUAAUUCAAUAUAAGGUGUUAAAAAAAACCAUGGUGGUUAUAGUAAAGUCCAUAAACCUUAUUUUUUAUCGGCAAUAAAACUUCUAACACAAUCCAAAAUCUCCAAAGUUAGAAUUAGUUUGUUUUAAGGGAACUAUUUUCUUUGUAACAUUUAAAAAAAAUUAAGAGGAAAAUAAUAAAACGAAGAAGAAAUUAAAAAAUGAAAAUUUACCUUAAGUCAUUAACCAAAUUCGUAAAUGACGACCUCAUUAUCAUACAAAGUUUAUUUGUUGUAAAAUAAAUGAUAAACCAUGAGGAAGAAAGGUAGUUAACAGAAAAGCAGUGCCAUCGCAUGUUAAUUUAAAAAGAAAAAUCCUAUGAAAAUUUAAAGAAGAUUUAAGAAAAUCUAUGUUUUGUUACUUUGAAAAAGAAUUAGGUGCUGAAGGGUUAAUUAUGUUGCUGGCAUAUGCUCAUUUUAUAUGUAAUCUUUAGCUGAUGAGCAAUCCUCAACAUCAGAUAUGGAAACACUUCCCGACUCUCUGAUAAUUUUUCCUGAAUUUGUUAUUCCGCUUUAUAAAUCUGUCUAACCAGCCAUUGGAGCACAUAAAAGUAGUCUCAUAAAACGGCUUAGCAAAUUCAUCAGCUUUGACUUGAAGCAUUUGUCCAGAUACUGGAGGAUUGCGGCUUCUUUGAAUGCUGAACCAUUUAAAUAAUGAAGGAAACAAGAAAAAAUGCUUGUUUCUAUGUUACAUUUUAUGGAUGGUUUAAAAAAUCGGUAUAUGUAUUUAUUUUGAAGUAGAAAUUUCAAAAUUAUUACAAAAAAAUGAAAAUAAAUCAGCAACGACAGAAAAAAGUUCAUAAUAUCCAACUUCCCCUCUUUUUUCAUUCACUAUAUUCACAAAAAAUAGCAUACGUGUGAAGCAAGGCACAGGGGCGAACAUUUCUUACACUAUAUCCGGGAGUUCACUUUAAACUGUGUUUAAAAUUUAGCUGAAUAAUGUUUACACUAUUGUAAAAUCGAAAACUUUAUAUCAAUGUAAUAAAGAAUCUUGUUUAAAUUUUCA